AUGCUGUCGUACAUUGUGGCUGCCCUGCUCAUUGCGCUUACGCUGUACGUGCUCUUCGGCAACGCUGCAAGCAGCAACGUUAAGUGUGCCCUCGAUCCGGAUAAGUUUAAGGGGUUUAAGCUCGUGGAGAAGUUUGAGGUGAGCCCUGACGCCUGGAUCUUCCGCUUUGCUCUCCACACACCAACGCAGCGCCUCGGUCUCCCCAUUGGAAACCACAUCUACCUCCGCGCCGCGAUCCAGAACCCGGAGGGGAAGUCCGAGGUUGUGCAGCACGCGUACACACCCAUCUCGUCCGAUGAUGACUUGGGGCACGUGGACUACUUGAUCAAGGUGUACCACAAGAACGUCCAUCCAAAGUUCCCGAACGGCGGGCGGCUUUCGCAGCACCUGUACAAUCUUCCCAUUGGCAGCACCGUGGAGAUGCGGGGACCGGUGGGGAAAUUCGAGUACCUCGGCAACGGCAACUGCACCAUCGGCGACGGCAAGGGCGGGGCGAGGCGGAUACACGUGGACACGUUCGCCAUGGUGGCGGGUGGCACCGGCAUUACCCCGAUGAUGCAGCUCAUUCGCGCCAUCAUGAAAUCCCCAAAUGACCCCACCAAGGUUUUCCUCGUGUUCGCGAACAACACCGAGUCCGACAUCCUGCUGCGCAAGGAGCUCGACGAGUGCACGAAGGACCCGCGUGUCCAUGUGUGGUACACUAUCGCGGAGAAUGCGCCGGAGGGAUGGCGCUACAGCACCGGCUUCGUUACGGAGGAGAUGCUGCGCGCCCACCUGCCAGUGCUGCAGCCGCCGGAGGAGAAGCACGGCCGCGUCCUCGCCGUCGCGUGCGGCCCGCCGGUGAUGUUGCAGAUGGCGGUGAAGCCGAACCUACAGAAGAUGGGCUACGCCGACGACGAUAUAUUCUCCUUCUGA